UGACUUCCUAGUCUCUCAUUUGGUAACACAAUGCAGAAUUUGUCUGCAAUUUGACUGUACUUUUCCGUGUCUCGCUCAGGACAGAGGUGAGUAAGUACGCCAUCUACUGUCAGUGGUCGGUAGAGCAGACGCAGCUGAAGGGUGACGGAGAUCCUGUCUAUCCUUAGGAACCCCCUACCACCACUCUACCCUUCAGUCUACCUGUUCAUUUCCUCAACAACACAAACCAGGUCUCUUUACCAGUUAGUGUACACAGAGAGAGAGAGAGAGAGCGAGAGCGAGAAAUACGAAACUCGUAUGGUCCAGACGGCGUCAGUAGCAAGGCACUUCAGGCAUGCGCAGACCAGCUCGCAUUACCGACCUUUUCUAUUGUAUUAUUGACUGCGUGUUUGUUUAUUCCAUGUGUAACUCUGUGUUGUUGUUUGUGUCGCACUGCUUUGCUUUAUCUUGGCCAGGUCGCAGUUGUAAAUGAGAACUUGUUCUCGACUAGCCUACCUGGUUAAAUAAAGGUGAAAUUAAAAAAAGAAAUAAAAAUACCCGAAACACUGCCGUAAGACCUCCACUGAGGAACAGCUCGGGCAACUGUACCGGUGUCUGUCAACCCGAUGGGCAUCACUCAGGGGUCGAAGUUCAUCCGAGUGUGUAUACAUCUACCUGACUGUGGCCAGGAAGUGGCCUUUCUUCGGGGCCAAGCUGUUUGAAACUGAGUGAAUCUGGAGAAAAGGAGUGCAGUAUGUUUUCCCACCUCUUGUUUCUGUCGCCGUGGCUUCACUGGCGAUGGGAAGAAUUGUUCUGGACCGACGCGCCAUCUUCCUGUUCAAGUGAGCACAGCACAACAAGAGUGUGAUUUGUACACGUUUGGUGACCAGGUGGAAGAUUGAGGAUUGUGGUUGGACACAGAAGGUGGGAUCUCUCCUUACAUCACACCAAUUAUGGAUUUCCGCUUCAUGUGCAAGCUGUUUGAUCGGAUCUAGGUAAGUAUCCACAUCUUUACUCACAACUCUGACACUGGAAACCCCGAACUAAAGAGAGCAAGAUAAUAAGUGAUGAGUACUAUUUACAUUUUUAGUACAAUUCUAUUUUUCCUCUAUUUUGCAGUUGGAAGAAAAUGUACAUCACUGUAAUUCUUUUCUGAAAUGGCCUUUGCUGUAGACUUUUAGUAAAACAUUACUCUCUAUCCUGCUUAGUUCUCAGAUAAUGGACUUAUCCAGUUCGUCAGUCAGAACUAGUUCCUGCUUCCUGUCCCCUUCCCUAAGGGUUUCCGCCAUGCUGGCAGUGUACUGGUACGAUGCUGACCUCACCCAGGGGGAGGGGAAGCUGCUCUAUCAGGAAUACCACCAGCUGAAUAUGUCUGAUAUAUAUUCCCAAAUUGUCUUCAAUCGUACAGCGGAGGAUGUUACACGGUACAAAAGGGCAAACCUGCGUUCACCCCAGCCUGAAUUCUAAAGAUCACCUGGGAUCAUGUGAUGGCUGUCUACUACCAGGAAAUCAACCAGUCAGAGUAUUGGUCUAAUGUUUUCAAUGUCCAUGUUCCAGUUAUGUCAUACUCCAAUAGAGGCAUAUACUGUAGGUGUCUAUUGGUGUUGGACAUGAUUGCAUGUCUAGCAGGAAAGUGGGUUAUUGGAUGGUACAGGGUGUGGUAUGGUUUGCUCUGAUGUUUGUCCUAGUUUGGCAUCCAUUGUUGUGUGCAAUGUGAGAACCUCAAGUGUUAGCUGAGAGAAUGUAACCUAUGACAGUUCUCUCCUAUUCUUUUUAUUCCUGUGGUGCCACCUUGUGCCCACUUCCAGACUAACACCUUCUAGUACAUCCUCAUGACCUACGGGGAGCACUCCUUUGCCCUGCUACGCUUCGGGGAGUUGGGCUCCUGGCCAAAGGCUCCACCAUGAGCCUCUCCACCAUCACAGGCUACUGCAACGGUGGAGCCCACUUUUUCAACGAGAUCACAAAUUAAAUUAAUCUGUUUGGCCCAGGGUGGCGAUACAGGCCUUAGGAGGUGAGGGGAAAUAUAAGUCAGAGCCCAAACGGGACCCCCAGAAGAGGUGCCAGGUGUGGGCCAUAAAGGAGCCUGAGCCGAAGGAGCGGGCCAAGGGGGUGUCGUCGUGCCCCUGUAUCCACGCCCAAGCACUGGACGAUCUGGCAUACAGGCCUGAGACCCUGUCCCCCCAACCAGCAGGAUCGGAUACAGUUGAGGAUCUCCUUCCGUUCCAGUGGUGUUGUAUCCUGUCUCCUCUGUGCCACCUCUAUCUGGACAUGACGCCCCUGGACCGUUGCCAAGGUUAUGGCUGGGCAUGGUGUACUGUAGCCUUCAUUUCAUCACCUUCAACGGGCCUGAGUAUUCCUUCAAGGCCCUGCGGCAAGUUUGUCAUUGUGCACCUCACCUCCUACACCAGCUCCAAUAUCUUCACGCUGCAGGGCGAGAAGGACUAGCUGGAGACAGAUGGACAGGCCAGACGGGUCCCCGCGGUGGUGACGAUGGCUGCUUUCCACAAGAUGAGGUGCACUGUACUUCAGUCAGUCGCUGUGCGGCGGUGUACGCCUGGGGGCUACACGUGGUGGUGUGGAGGGUGCAUGGAGGUGAUGGUGGACAGCAGCUGGCUGCUCUGGUGGAGGUCCCCCAGACCUUCUGCAACCACGCGGUGGGCCUGCUGGGCCUCUGGAGCUCCAACCACACCGAUGACUUCCUGCAGUCUGACGGGAAGCUGAUGAUCUUCCCCAACAACAACCCUCCCCCGGAGGAGAGCCUGCACCCCUUUGGCCUGUCCUGUAACAUGCCUCCCAUCGUGACUGAGCCCACAGUGAUCCGCUGUAAGUUCAAAUCCACUGUUCACGUGCAGAUCAGCACUCAAGAUGCCUACAAUAUAAGCUUCUCAAUGCUCUUCCCCAGACCACCACAAGCCUCUGUUGGGAAAAGUGAUGGCAUAUUGACCUGGACACCACUCGACAUCCAGCCUGUCUACCUGACCAUCAGAGUUAAUGACCAGCUGUUCAGCUCUCAGUUCGCCCACAUCCUGCAGUUUACCUGCCAAUACGACAGCAUAGUGGACAACCAUCUGCAGGGGAGAUUUCAGACUUCUGCCUCCCUCCCUUCCGCUUUCGGCAUCACAAGAUGGCUGACAGCAUCAGCUCAGGGUACAACUACACCUGCAGGUGCAAGCCUGGCUUUAUGGGGACAGAUGCCACUGUACAGACAUAGAUGAGUGCCUGGACCACUCGGCCUGUCCCAAAGCCAAAUUUUAGGGUUAGGUCCAUCCGAUGCUCCUGUCGCUACUGUACUGAGGAAACCGAUAUCUGUGGGGACUCUAUAUUCUCAAAUGAAUCCCCAAAUACUACCCACAUGACACUGCUGUGCCAGUGUUACCAUGGUGAUCAUGACCACAUCGUAGAAUAUGAGGUCAUCUGAUGGCCUUGUUGUUGUUGGCAGGGUACAAUGUCUUCAACGUCUCCAUGGGAUAGAAGAACCAGGGUGCUGGAGGAGAGCGACUGAGACAGGUGAGAGCGUGUGGGCAGCCUGUCUAGUCAAACAAUUUUAACAUAGGCCUAUAUUUGUGUGUGUGACAUAAAACAAGCUGAAGGAUCAUUUGUUUUUUUCCUGAUGAGGAAAAACUCAGGUCCUGAAACGCCCCAGUUCUUUCUCUCUGCAUUGUUGGGAAGGGCCCGUAAGCAUUUCACUGUUAUUCGACACCUGCCGUUUACGUAGCAUGUGACAAAUAACAUUUGAUUUGAUUUAGUUUGCAGUUAUAGGCUAUAACUAUAGGGUCUACAGAUUUUCCUGGGAAUGGGUGUGUAAAUUUAGAUAAUGGCAGAAGGAGUUUUGCUGCUGGGUCAUGUUCAUUAGGCAGCAAAUGGAGGAAAACAGAUUGAAAAAGGGAGGGACUUGUCACGUCCUGGCCAGUAUAAGGGUUAAUUGGUAU